GUGCAAGCCUCAUGUUCCACCAUCAUGGCAAUGACAAUAGACCGUUACAUGGUCAUACUUCACCCUAUGCGGUCACUUCAUGCUAGGACGAUACGCCGGACUACAUGUAUAAACAUCGUCAUAUGGCUAACUUCGUUUUUACUUCACGUGCCGGUGGCGAUUUACUACGAACAAGUGUCCGAGCCAAACAACGGCUACUUCUGCGGCACGAACUUUGUGAACAUCACGGCCAGUAAAAUCUACCAUUUCUACGCCGUCAUCGUUCUCUACGUGUUUCCGUUCCUCGUCAUGACAUUUUGCUACCUCCGGAUUCUGCGCAAGGUGUGGAGUAAGUACCUCAUCGUGACGUCAUCCACGCAGACGCAGAGGAAGCGCAGGUGGAAGAUAACGCGCAUGACUCUUCUGGUCGUCAUUCUCUUCGGCAUCUGCUGGGGGCCGAUCCACGCCGUACACUUGGUGGCGCUGUUCAAGACGGCCACCAGCGCGACUGAGAUUGACUGGUCGUACUAUAACUUCUCCAUAUUCUGCCUGUGUAUCUCAUACUCGAACUCUGCCAUUAACCCUUUCGUGUACGCUUUCAGCGGUCGGAGUUAUCGCUCUCUGUUGCUAUCCUGUUUGAAACGGAAACCAGGGAAGAACCCCGUGAGUCGAAUGUGCAGCAGUAGGACCAAAGCAGGAUCGGCACAGUACUCUUUGGAAAUGAACAACCUCAUUCGAACCAAUGGUCAGAAUGGGAGAUCGCCAAAGACGAGGUAUACGAACCAGUAUAUCGGUGGAGGGCGCCAUAUUGUCAGAGCUGUACCGGAAUAAGGGAGCAAAUUCUACUGUUCUAUUUAUAGCUGAAAGACACUGCUGAACUCCAUUGGGUGGAGCACUGAACCACUUAUUCACUUUGUAGACCGGUUAAGAAUUCAUUAUUGCUUUAAAAAUAGUGAAUAAUUUGUUAUGGAAAAGGGUAUUGAUGUAACAGAACAUUUUAUAUUAUGCCUAUUUUUGCCUAUCAUCUCUGUCUAAAUUUGUCGGUCUGCUCGUUUUCUUCAUUAUAAGUCCUACCGACCUAUACAAAUUAUCUUGAAAAAAAUUAGUAUUUUUCAAAACAUGUACAGUAAAACCUCAUCUCGUCCACCCUCGAAUUCUGUUUCUGCUUGUAUUUCCAUUUCAUCUCUUGCUGGGUACACUUUAUUAUUAUUAUUAUUAUUGUUGUUGUUAUUAAUACCUUUUUGUUGCUUUAGGCCUACACGUUGUUGCAACCAAUAUUGCACAAAAUGCAAAAACACACAAUUUUGUGCGAUCAGUGAUGGUAAAAUAAAGUCGUUGGAACGUUUAAGUCCUCACUGUGUGGUUGCACUUUUAAUCAUAAAACCAUGAGUUAUUUAUUUAACACCUUGAAACUUGAUAUCAUCAUAACCUUGCAAUCUAAUUUGUUGAAUGUUUUUUUUACACAGGUUGGUCAAAAUGCGUGGUUUUACUCUAUAAAUAACAGGUUCACAAGUGAAUGUGUAUUUACUAGGCGCCUUUCAAGCCAAUUUGGGCCAUUCAGGGCGCCUUACAUGCAGUUGAUCACCCCCUGUUUAUUGGGCCUUUCAUCAUUGGUAAAAAACAAAACUCACUGCUCCUUUGGAGUAUGCAGCUCCG